AAGAAGCUGAGGUUCAACGAAUGAACGUUGGACAAGGAUUAGUCAUGAGGUUUGGCGAUGGAGGUCCAACGACCGGAAACCAGAUCAAUUUGCUUCAUAUUUCUCUUUUUCUGUCUCUAGCUCCUUUUAUUUUUACAGUCGGAGCAACGUCUCCGCCGCCGCUGCCGGCCGUCACCAUAAUAAUAAUCAAGGGCCAUGUCUUUCCUCCUGUGGUCAAACCACCGGGCACGAUCAACUCCUUCUUCCUCGGUGGCGCAGGGGAGAGAGGUUUGGAGAUUCAAGGCAAGUUCAUAAAGUUCACCGCCAUUGGAGUGUACCUAGAAGCGAGCGCCGUAGCGUCGCUCGCGGUUAAGUGGAAGGGCAAGAGUGCGGAGGAGUUGACGGAGUCCGUUAAGUUCUUUAGGGACAUCGUAUCUGGUCCCUUUGAGAAAUUCACACAAGUGACAAUGAUAUUGCCUUUAACGGGCAAGCAAUACUCAGAGAAAGUGGUGGAAAAUUGUGUUGCAUAUUGGAAAGGAAUAGGAACCUAUACUGAUGCAGAGGCCAAAGCCGUUAAACAGUUUCUUGAGGUCUUCAAGAACAAGACUUUCCCUCCUGGUGCUUCUGUUCUUUUCACCCAAUCACCUCUUGGGUCGCUAACGAUUGGCUUCUCGAAACAUGGCUUGUUACCUAAGAAGGGCAAAGUGGUAAUUGAGAACAAACAAUUGUCGGAAGCAGUAUUGGAAUCGAUCAUCGGGAACCAUGGUGUUUCCCCUGCAGCAAAGCAGAGUUUGGCGACAAGAAUGUCUGAAUUAUUCAAGGAGACAUAAGCCGCUAAAGGAAUAUCACCAUGGUUGGUCUGAAUUUAAAUUUCUGCAGGAUUUCGAGGAAAAAAGAAAAGAAGUCUGUUUAAAAAAAAAACUUGUUAUCUAUGAGAGGGAAGAAGAUAACAUGGUAGGGUCUCACUUCCCAGUUGAUUUUUCUGUUUCUUGAAUGAGUAAAUGUACCUGGUUCUUGAAUGAGUAAAUUUACCUAUAUGAUCUUUGCAUUACUCUUGUUUCCAUUUUGUCAGUGUAAUAAGGAGGCUUCCGUUUUUGCAUUGUAAACUCGUAACUUCAGUAUCUGCAGUUUCAGAUGAUUCUCAUUC